AAAAAAAGAGAAAGAAACUAGAAAUAUGGAAAUAUGGAAAUAUGGAGUGAGAUGGCAUAGCAAAGGUGGGAAAGUUUGGUAUAUAGCUUAGUUUUACAGUAAAUUCCAAUAAACUAGAAAUGGACAGCAGGGCGAAUUAAGAGCCCACAUGGCCACAACCCGCGAAAAUCUGCCCGCUAUUUCUUCUCGAUUCUCAUUCUCACCGCUCCGUCACUCUCGUCUCCUGUUUGUCUAUGCAACGCCAGAAACACACAAACAGACAAAACAAGAACAAUCCACGAACCGAUCGCAUCCAGUGACCGCCGGUGAACUCGAUCAUGGCUCAGAACCAGCUCAUCGACUCCCUCACCUCCCAUAUCUCCCUAUACCAUUCUACAUCCCUUCCCCUCAACCCUGAUACCAAUUCCAAUCCCAGGUCCUCCAUCCUCAAAUGGUUCUCUUCUCUCAGCGUCCACCAACGCCAAGCUCAUCUCACGGUCGUUGAUUUCAAAUUCGUCCAAAUCCUCAUCCAAAUGGUGGCCGAAGUUCGCAGACGAGGACACGGUUUCUUUAUCAUCCUUCCAGACAUUCUCUCCACCGACCCUCUGCACUUACCUAGCUUAUGCUUUAAGAAGUCCCGCGGACUACUGUCUCGUGUCUCCGAGUCCAACGAGUCCCAAAGGAUGAUUUUUGAGUCCACUCGAUUAUUCGGUUCCAGGGAAGGCGACAAGCUCGAGGAAUGUUCUUGUUCGUUGAAGAACAUCGAUUCUAUAACUGUAAGCGAGGAAUUCGUCUCAAAUGUGGAUAAAUUCGUCGAGGCGAUGGAUGGAGUUUCAAAUGGAGCGUUUUUGAGAGGUGAAGGGGGUGACCUGGCGUCCCAUUGGGCUGAAUUAAAUUGGUUAAAAGCGAAAGGAUACUACAGUAUGGAGGCCUUUGUGGCGAAUAAGUUGGAGGUGGCUUUGAGAUUGUCAUGGAUGAACUUGAAUAAUGGAAAAAAAAGAUCGGUAAAGUUCAAAGAGAAGGCUACAGCAACUGGCAUGGCGACAAACGUGUUUUGGAGGAAAAAGGGAUGCGUGGACUGGUGGGAUAAAUUGGAUUAUUCAUCAAGGAAAAAAAUUCUGACUGCAAUUCUGGGGAAAUCAGCAAAAAAUUUGACGCAUGAGAUUCUGAGAUGGACAAGUGGACUUGCGGAGCAUGAGAUGGGGCUCUUUAGUGCUGAAUGGAAUAGACCAUUUAGGUACAAUUGUACUACAUCUCCACCUAGGUCCAUGUUAACAUCCCAGGCGGACUUGCAUAUUGACUUCAACAUAAUUCCGGCUACCCAUUCUGGAAAACCUUAUUUGUUAAGCAAUAUCUUUAGAAAUUUGCUUGUGCUUCAGGAUAUUGUUACGAUGGUAUCAUCGUGUCUUCAUGAUGAAUACUAUAAGUGUAAUCUAUUUUAUAGCACUUUGGGUUCUAUCUGUGCCAUCCCUGAUUGUAUAUUAAGAAAAUUGCGGGAAUUUCUUAUGUUUAUUUCACUUGAUUGCACGAAAUUUGAGCUUCUAGGAGAGGGGAAUAGUAAGUCCUUUCCAAGUAAAUCAAGAGAGCAUGUAGGUGCUUCCAGUAGAAGGAAAAAGGGAAAGAGCCGGAAAUCACAGAAUCCUGUGCUGAGGGCAUGUGUAGAUGAUUUAUCAAGCAAUAACUUUAUGAAGCGUCAGGAAUAUGACAAGGAGUGUGGUCACAGAGGAGGAGAAGUUAUGACAGACUCCACAACAAUGUCUAUUAUGUCCAAGGGAAAUGAGACUUGCAGAGAAAUUCCAGCAGAUGUAUCCAAAACAGUACAUGACCAAAAAAUGAGUGUUGGAAAAGAUCAAGGCAGUGUGAGGAAGAAGAAAAAACACAAGAGUAAAAAUUCUGGUGGGAAUAGCAGAUUAGUUGAAAUAAGACCUUCUGUUGGGCCAGCCGUUAAAUUUUCCUCGCCAUCUUUUAGUUCUCAGGAUCAGGUAGCAGAGCUGGAUAAGGAUAGUAUAUUCAUAAAACCUUCCAUCUCAAAUAUCAAGAAUGAUAGUACAAAUAACUUUGACAGUUCAACAGUAAUCUCAAGUCCUCUAGUUCUCUCUAAUGAGCCAAAUAGAGAGUAUGAAAGCAUCCUUAAUAUUGAAGUACAUGAAGUUUCUGGAAUAACAAAAUCUGUCUGUCAAAUUGGUCCUGGAGAAUCUCAGUUCUCAAAAGGAAUAAUUGAAAAUCAAUUCUUAUCAUCUACGAUGGAAAAUUCUUCAUCUUUUAUGGAUUGCAGUGCAGUACCUUCUCAUUUGCCUUCAUUGGAGCUAAAGAAUAUUGUCAAAAGUGAUGUCAAUGUGAAGAGCUCUGUCCGAACUUGUGAAUUAGGAGAUAAAUCAUCUUUGUUGGAUAAACUUCCGAGAACCAUUGAUGUAAAGGAGAAAUCAUGCUCAUCUCGUCAUCGAUUUAGUGGUGAUACUUGUAAUGCUAGGACCUUGAAUCCCUUGGAACAUUCUCCCUAUGAAUGGCAUGGUGUAGCUUCUUUGUAUAUCCCAUCAUUCAAUUCACAUCUCCCACCUGCUACUGAUAGAUUACAUUUAGACGUUGGUCAUAAUUGGCACAAUCAUUUUCGCCGGUCUUUCACCCCUGCAAUGCAUCAAUCAAGAAAUUCUUCUGCUAAAGGUGGCUGUAAUCCAAUUCUUACUCGACCACUGUUAAUGAGUCUAGAUUGGCCCCCAGUUUUACGAAGUGCUUCUGGCUUGGCUUCAACAAUGACGUCAAAUCAUGAUAUUGGGUUUCUUUCUAGGAGACAAUCUACUUUUUGUCAGGGGUUCCCUAAUAGCAGCAGUCAAAUUAGUACGGAAGAUGAGAAGUACUCUGGUAAACUCACUGAUUUUCCUGAUUUGUCAAAUAAUCAAGACCUAGCUGAUGAGUGUGAUGGAAACUGGAUAUCGGAGGAAGAAUUGGAAAUGCAUGCAGUUUCUGGGAUAGACUAUAAUCAAUAUUUUGGUGGUGGUGUUAUGUACUGGAAUCCUUCUGAUCACCAUGGGACGGGAUUCUCUCGACCACCUUCUCUUAGUUCUGAUGAUAGCUCAUGGGCUUGGCGUGAAGCAGACAUGAACAGGACUGUUGAUGACAUGGUUGCUUUUUCUUCUUCUUACAGUAAUGGGUUGACUUCCCCAACUGCCACUUCAUUCUGUUCUCCUUUUGAUCCACUGGGUUCUGGAAAGCAGGCUCUUGGUUAUGUGGUGCAAGGAACUGAUAUACCCAACAACAUGCUCCAUUCCUCAACAACUAUGAAAGACACGGUGACAGAGGAAGAUGAUCCUAGAUCUUUGCCAAAUUUUUCUAGCGAUGUUGAAGGGAAAGCAGGAGACUCACAUUCAUUUCCAAUCUUGCGCCCUAUUGUUAUUCCAAGUAUGUCGAGGGAAAGAUCAAGAUCUGAGUUCUGUCAUGGUUAUGAUCAUAAAAGCCCAUGUAUCCCUCCUACUAGGAGAGAGCAAUCUCGAGUAAAGCGCCCACCGUCUCCAGUAGUUCUUUGUGUUCCACGGGCACCAAUACCACCUCCACCUUCUCCUGUAAGUGACUCCAGGAAGCACAGGGGGUUUCCGACUGUUAGAUCUGGUAGCUCAAGUCCAAGGCACUGGGGGGUAAAGGGUUGGUAUCCGGAUGGAACUAAUUUGGAAGAAGCCUGCUUACGUAUUGACGGUGCUGAAGUUGUAUGGCCUAAUUGGAGAAAUAAAAGUAAUUCUAAUUGCUCGACAGUUCAACCCUUGUCAUUAAUAGCUGUGCCCCAGAUAGCUCUCGAUCAGGAACAUCCAGAUGUUGCAUUUCCUCUCUUUCCACCUACGAUUAGCUGCUCUGUAAAAAAAGAAUCUCUUUCUUUGAUGCACAACCGCCUACAUGAUGAGAUUGACUCUUUUUGCAAGCAUGUUGCAGCAGAAAACAUGGCCAAGAAGCCUUACAUCACUUGGGCUGUUAAACGGGUUACACGGUCCCUUCAAGUCUUAUGGCCUAGGUCCAGGACAAACAUUUUUGGUUCAAAUGCAACUGGUUUGUCCCUUCCCACGAGUGAUGUGGAUCUUGUGGUUUGUCUGCCUCCAGUGAGAAAUCUGGAACCUAUUAAAGAAGCUGGGAUCUUAGAGGGACGUAAUGGUAUCAAAGAAACCUGCCUUCAGCAUGCAGCCAGAUAUCUUUCCAAUCAGGAGUGGGUAAAAAGUGAUUCAUUAAAGACGGUGGAAAAUACUGCUAUUCCUAUUAUCAUGCUUGUUGUUGAAGUUCCCCAUGAUCUCAUUACUUCGUCCACUUCAAAUAUGCAAUCGCCCAAGGAGGAGUCCUCUGCUGUAUCUGGAGAACAAGAUACCAACAAUCUCAAUGAUAUGGCUAGUUUAGAAGAUUCUGUAUUGCCAAAAUGUUUGGAGGUGAAUUAUGAUUCCUCAAUUAGCACCAAGUCAGUCCGCAUUGACAUCAGUUUCAAGACUCCAUCACAUACGGGACUCCAAACUUCUGAGCUGGUCAAGGAGCUGACUGAACAAUUUCCAGCCACUAUACCUUUGGCUUUGGUUUUAAAGAAAUUUUUGGCAGAUCGAAGUCUUGAUCAGUCCUAUUCUGGCGGCUUAAGUUCUUACUGUUUGGUAUUACUAAUCAUACGCUUUCUUCAGCAUGAACAUCAUCUUGGCCGUCCUAUCAACCAAAAUUUUGGGAGCCUUUUGAUGGACUUCCUUUACUUCUUUGGGAAUGUAUUUGAUCCUCGCCAAAUGCGCAUUUCGAUACAGGGUAGUGGAGUCUAUAUAAAGAGGGAAAGGGGAUACAGCAUUGAUCCUUUACAUAUCGAUGAUCCUCUUUUCCCCAUGAAUAAUGUUGGACGCAAUUGUUUCCGCAUUCAUCAAUGUGUCAAGGCUUUUUCAGAAGCUUAUUCUAUUAUGGAGAGUGUGCUGAUAUCCCUUCAUGAUCAUGGUGACGCAAGUUCAGAUGCAACUAAUAGGAUGCUGCAGAAAAUAAUUCCUAGCAUCGAUUUAUCAUAAGAGCUUGAUCUACUAUCUUUAUAUGCAUGGAGGUUUAAUCGAUAGGAACUCAAUAUCAAUGCUUUUGAAGUGAUGAUGUGUCCUCCAAUGUUUUAUCUGAUACCAACAAUACCAAAAGCUUCAAUGCAGAUUGUCUUAAUUGCCCAUUUCACCACAAUGGUGUUUGUUGUGCAAGAAGAGUGAGUCACAGAGCCACAUUUUCCUCUCUUGCAGCCUUGCAAACUUGUUUUGGAAGGGAUCUUUCAUCCUUCAGAUGGGCUAUACAGUUCUACAAAAUGACAUAAGGAUUUUCCUUUAUCUUCGGCGGGUCACCCUUUUAAAGCGAAAAAGAAUGUUUGGAUGCACUUCAUCUAAGUAUUUUUAUGGGCCAUGAAUUGAAGGAGAUCAAAGGAAUCUUACGAAUUACUUUCGACUUAUAGGACAAUGUGUGUCCCAUUGGAUCAUAACUUAUCAUUCAAUUAGGACCUAUGUAAUGAUGGGUUUGUUCACUUACCAACUACGUUGAAAUGCUCCUCCUCGUCAAUUAGGGAUCAAAUCUAGCUAUUCAGGGACCUGAGAGGUGGCGAGUGUUCAUCCACUAGCUUCAUUGGCGUUAAGUUUAUAUCCACAACAAUUGAGUUGACGAUAAUCAUUUGAUCCCCAUUAAAAAAAAAAAUUGAUUGUAGUUGUCAUCUCAACAAGCAAGUGAUGGUUAGCCCUUCACAACGGCUUUUGGAAACCUUUUGAUGGACUUUCUUUGCUUCUUUGGGGCAUUUACAAUUGACUCGAGGGAGUUUACGAGAGAUUCACAUUUUUCCUCACAGAAUAAGGCGGUCUAUUACCCACAGCUCUCACUUUUGCCUCUUUCUCCUAGGAAUAUGUAAGAUAUGGAAUGGAGGCCUAUCAAGAUAGUAAUACAAAGCUUUACAAGUAAUAAUUCAAAUGGUAAACUUUGGAAGAAUCGAGUAGCUAAGAUCUAAAGCAAUGCAAAUGUCGAUCCUCAAACUCCCUCCGAGACCAAAAUAAAAAUUUUAAUCCAAAAAAGUUCUCCUGUUUCUAAACCUCCAUUAUUGCACAUUUGGGGAUUGCCAAAACAUUGACUGGUUAUUAAAUUCUUCCUCCAUCUGCAAAUGUGGGGAUUAAGAAGAAACUCUUUCAUAAUUUCUACAAUCUUUGGGAGAGGCUAGCCCCAGAACUUUGCUAUUAUAUGCACCAGUUCAAGUAAGGUUUGAACCUGGAAGCUUUUUCAGUUGAUGCAUCUGUUUUCAGUUGAUGCUGGGACUUGUUAUGUGCUUCAGAGAUGGGCUUUUCCUUUUCCUUAACCAGAUAUGAAGACAAGAAGGCCCUCCUACUCAGAUAAGCCCAUCAAAGCAUGAAAAUCAUUGGAUCUUUAUGAUCAUUUUGAUGAACGAGAUCAAUGAUAUCUUCGGCAAUGGAUUUCACACAUCUUUGUGGCAUAUUCCCAAUUGAGUUGCUGGGUUAUUGCUGUGGUUUGCCCAAGAGUUUUACGGUAACCCACUUGCCUCAAUGUUGCGAUUUCACAAGCUUGGAAUAGGUCACAAGUUGCUCGGGAUUUGGGUCUUCGUCGAAAUCAAUGAUUUGGAGGUGUUUGAAUGGUCAAGUCUUACCCAUCUUCUUUCGCUUAUUUUAAGACCUGUGAACAAUUCUUGGAUAUAGACUCUACUCACCAAAGUCUUUACAAUUAUCUGAUGGGCAAUCUCACCCAUGCAAUUAGUCGUAGUUCGAACAAACUUUAUUUGGUGAUUUGGAAGGAUGCUUACCUCAAGAAUGAAUAACAUUUUUUUCUUGUGAGAUCUGUCUUGGUAAAAUUGAUAGAGCUAAUUGAUACGGAGGAAAACGUCAAGGUUCACUGUU